AUGAACCGGCACACGCUGGCCGAGGCUACAAGUCUUCAUGACGGUCCCGUGGCUGUCUACCUCAUGGCAGAGAUUGCAAACUCGACAAAAGUGAGUGACCGGGACGCGGAAAAAGUGGCCGAUUACAUUCUGGGAAGACUCAAUAAAAGCAAUUUAAAUGUUAAGUUGAAGGCAUUGCAGAUCAUUGCGUUUUGCGUUCGAGAGGGUAGUCCUGCAUUCACGGAUGCUAUAAGGGACGAAGAGCAAGAGAUCUCAGCCUAUUCACAGUUUUCGGGUCCUCCUGAUCCUGUGUAUGGAGACGAAAAGUAUCGUCGCAUCCGGGUAGCGUCACAAGAAGCAUUGGUUUGUAUAAAAGAUGCAAUGUUAUCGCGUCGAACAGAUGAGCUGCCUCAGCAACAGCCAUCACAGGGAGCUACAAAUGCGUGGCAGAUUUCUCAAGAAGACACUUCAACAUUUAAUAAUAACUCAAAUGCAGCAUAUAAUCAGAGGCAGCCAGAAAGACAGCAAUCAAGCGUUGGUGGUUCGUGGGGCCAGCAGUUGCCCCCAAGUCGUCCAGCUCCUUAUCAAGAUAAUCCAAUAGGUAGAUCCAAUGACAUAUCUAGCUCCUAUAAUGGCUCGACAGGUGGAAACUUCAAUCGUUCGUCGGGAGGAUACGGUCAAUCGGCAGGAUACGGUCAAUCGGCAGGAUACGGUCAAUCGGCAGGAUACAAUGCUAGAUCUGGACCGUAUAAUGGCUCCUACGGUAAUAGCGGCUAUGGCAGUCAAGAUCCUAAUUAUGGGCAAAGUAGCAGUAACGCAGGCAGCUACGUCCCUCAACAGAUUAAUACACAGAAUGGAUAUGGGCAAAAUGGACCACCACAACAACAGGUAAGUGGAUUUAGCUCGUGGUCAUCCACAUCAGGUACAGGCUUAGCCUCAAAACCCUCAGGAGCAGGCGUCUGGAGUAGUUCAGGCUACCAAAAAAAGGAUCCUGCGACAACUAUGGAGCCGCGCUACAAUCCAUCCACGAGUCGAGACAAUCGUCCCACUGUGCUUGUAGGUCACUCAUUGACUUUUCCUAAGCCAGCAGGUGGCUUUGGGCGUAGCAACUCGGGUCUGGGGGGAUUUAACAGUGGCACAUACAAUCCAAACGAUGUUCGAGGUGCUAGCACUGGAAACGCGUACAAUGUGAACAAUAUAGGAGGCGUUGCGCGAGGAAGUUUUGGUGGACACCAGUCUGUUGGCGCUCCGUCAUACAUGGAUAACAGCUCCCACACUACCCACCGAAUCGGUAAUAUGGGUCUGCCUGUAAACGGACAGCCGAUAAAUGAAGCACCGGCGACGGCUCUUGGAAAGAAGGCUGAAGUGCUGAAAAAGAUGGGUUCGGCUGCAUUAGAGAAAUGGGAUCGUCGCAAUAUGGACAAGUCAAUGGCUUCAUCUCUUGCGGAUAACGAUGAAUUGCGGGUCAGUCCGCAAGUAAUCGAUCGUGGUUACUACCAGCCGAAGGCUCAGCAGGGGACUGGUGGAGGUGACACCAGCAGAGACUAUGAACGCACGAUGAUUGAUAGCCUCUGUGCCCCCGCUGGUCUUUCUCGAGCGCCAUCAGCUGAGGUAUUAAAGCGCUUUCUUGACCUUGCUCAGACGCUCGAUGUACAAACAAUUGGCGAUAUUUUGCUCGACAAGCUGGAAGAUGACACUUGGCAGGUCCGUCUGAAAGGUCUACACGUAGUUUUAGGGUUAUUGGAUUCUCCAGGUGGUGCGCCAUACCGAGAGUUCUUUAUGGAUAAUGUGGAAGUCGUUGAAGAGCUUCGGAACGACGUUAAGCCUAGUGUAGUAUCUAAGGCGUUACAGGUUUUGCGUGCUCUUGGAUACGAGGCUGAAGCGGUCCAGUCUGCCGAGCCAAAUGCUGGACGCUUAAGUGCUAAGCGACCACAGCGUGGAAGUCCCACGAAAAGUCCACAGCAAGAAAUUGAUCUUCUUGGACUGAGUUCGCUGAGUCUUGAUACCUCGACCAGCCCAAUUGAUCAACGUGCAUUAAAAAACUCUUCCGAUUUUCUGAAAACUCCUGUUCGUUCGCAGCCAUCAUUACCUCGGCAGGAAGUCUCACUGUUAGAAGGCUUUGACACAACACUGAAUUCUACAUCGUCUAACCCAUCGCCGUAUCAGCCCCCACCACAGCAGCAGUUUUACCAGCACCCUCAGCAUGAUCAGCACAGCAAGACACUGGGUCAUUUUGGAAAGGAUCUUUUCGCGAUCGCUAACUCUCCACGAAAUGUUAAUAUGGCGACAGGUGCUGUCUCGGCAAAAGCCACUGACGCUCCAAUUUUCAAUGGUGGUCAAUCUGCGUUUAACUUCAUGUAG